UAGCACAAUUGGUGGGUGUGCGCUGGCUGCGGCUCUCCGAGGCCAAAAAUGACUAAGUAUAUUUCCUAAAAUUCUAUAAUAAAUAUUUACGUCAAAAUGAACAAAGCCUUCCCACUAGCGAGAAAUUUUUUUGUAAUCCUUAAUUACGCUUUUUAAUUCUACUUAAACAUGUCUUUGCGAUUUUGUAAAAGUGAUGCUUUAAACACCAUCAUUCUCAGCAGUAAUGUGAAACAUGCCCUCCAUUGUGUAUUAUUUUUUAUCCUCCUUUUAGUUUUUGAAAUUAUUGCUGGUGGGAUAUGUAUUGGGUCCUGUGAUACUGAUAAUACCAAUCCAUUUGAGAAAUAUGGUUAUAUUCCUGCCAUUUUUUUAUAUUUAUUACGUUUCCUAACAUUUCUUGCUUUACCACAGUGUGUUUGCAAUUGCCUUGGACUACUCUUCUUCAAUGCUUUUCCAGAAAAAGUUCAACUAAAAGGUUCUCCAUUGCUAGCACCUUUCAUAUCAAUUAGAGUUGUUACUCGGGGUGAUUAUCCUGAGCUUGUAAAAAAUAAUGUGAACCGCAAUAUGAAUACAUGCUUAGAUGUGGGUCUAGAAAAUUUUUUAUUUGAAGUUGUUACAGAUAAGACCUUAAACCUGCCAAGGCAUCCUCGAAUUCGAGAAAUUGUAGUUCCUUCUACUUAUAGAACUAAAACUGGGGCACUUUUCAAAGCUAGAGCAUUACAGUACUGCCUUGAAGAUGAUGUAAAUGUUUUGAGUGAUUCUGAUUGGAUUGUACAUUUAGAUGAAGAAACAAUUAUCACCGAAAAUUCUCUCAAAGGUAUAAUAAAUUUUGUUUUGGAUGGAAAAUACCAAUUUGGUCAAGGUAUGAUAACAUAUGCAAAUGAAAAUGUUGUGAAUUGGAUGACAACACUUGCAGAUAGUUUUCGAGUUGCCGAUGACAUGGGCAAACUUCGAUUUCAGUUUCAAAUAUUUCACAGACCGUUAUUCAGUUGGAAAGGAUCUUACGUAGUCACUCAAGCUGGUGCUGAACGAAAAGUUUCUUUUGAUCAUGGACUUGAUGGUUCUGUUGCAGAAGAUUGUUUUUUUAGUAUGGUUGCAUACAAAGAAGGAUAUACUUUUAAUUUUAUUGAAGGAGAAAUGUGGGAAAAAAGUCCAUUUACAUUAUGGGACUUCUUACAACAAAGAAAAAGGUGGCUGCAAGGAAUUUUCCUCGUUGUUCACAGUUCAGCAAUUCCUUUUCGAAACAAAGUAUUUUUAGCUUGUGCUCUGUAUUCGUGGGCGACUAUACCACUUAGCACAUCAAAUAUAAUACUUGCAGGACUUUUUCCAAUACCUUGCUGGCAGAUUAUAAAUUUCCUUUGUGCUUUUGUUGGUGCAAUGAAUAUAUAUAUGUACAUAUUUGGCGUAAUCAAAUCAUUCAGUUUGUAUCGUUUAGGCCUUUUAAAAUUUUGCCUCUGCUUAAUUGGAGCACUUUGCACUGUGCCUAUAAAUAUUGUUAUCGAAAACAUUGCUGUCAUCUGGGGAUGUUUUGGAAAGAAACAUAGAUUUUAUGUUGUAAACAAAGAUUUGAAAUCUACUGUAGCUGUAUAAUACUUAAUUUAUUGAUUUUCAAAAAUGCUGUGUAUUCUUAAACACAUACUGUCAUAUGUUAAAUUAUAAAUCAUGAUCUCAUUCAGUAUUUCAAAAAUAAAAUGUUUUAUCAAUUGCC